AUGUGGCCGCACGAGACGGUGGACCACUGGACCACCGGCGUCAGACCGCGAUCGAAUCUGUUGUCUGUAUUCUGUGAUUCGGUUAUUGGUGCUGUGCCAUUAAUCAUGUCCAUGGGACGCGUUGGGGUUCCACCUGGACACCGUACAGAACGGGGCCUUCCUCAGGCGCCGCAUACGCGCCCGCGUCAGGCUGGUGGGCUGGUUGACGGGUUGACGGGAGGCGCAGGGAAAAUCUGCAGAACGGGAGGAAGCGCAGGCCCCACGCCCAUUUGGCAGAAGGGCCCUACAGCUCAGCACAAACGCGCAGCAGAGAGAACAGGGCGGGGCGAGAGAAAGCGAGAGGCAGGGCCACAGGCCGAGGCAGAGGCAUAG